AUCAAAGCAGAGGAGAUCCAUAAGCCUCUUUCUCCAUUUUCCUCGUUCUGUGUUCAAUUGUUGAUUCCUCAGAUUUUCUUGCGAUCCGGAAAGAGACGAGAACCAGUCGACAUCAAUGGCCAGAGGAACUUCUCAAUCGCAGGCUUCGUCUUCUCCUGCGUCUCGGCCUGGUACUAUGGCACCUCGCGGUUCUGCUGCAGCAACCGCAGGGAUGCGGCGGCGGAGGCUGGGCGGUAGCGCUGGUGGUGGUGGUGGAGGUGGCUCCGGCGGAUUCGGCGGUGGCGGAGGUGGGAGCAACAUGUUGAGAUUCUACACGGACGAUGCCCCGGGCUUGAAGAUCACUCCCACUGUCGUCCUCGUCAUGAGCCUCUGCUUCAUCGGCUUCGUCACCGCUCUCCACGUCUUUGGCAAGCUUUAUCGCUAUAGAUCUGGUCCUGGAGCUUGAUUUUUUAUUCGAGUUUCCCGCCCCUUCCGAUUCUCUUCAUCUUCUUCAACUUUAGGCAGCCUUGUCUUGUACGGGAGCCCCGCUUGCUCAUCCAUCUUCUGCGGAUUUUGGCUCUCUAAUUUGAGUCUUUUAUGAUGUUGAGGAUGCGCCGAAUGAAAAAUGUGACCUAGAAAUGGUAAAAAUCAUAGGACUGUAGCACUAUAUCUUGAAGUGGAAGGGAGAUGAUGCAUUAUGUGAGCAAGGUUAUGAGCUUUUGGUUUGUGCUCAGGCUGUCAGUGAAUCAUAUAUUGUUCUAGUCUAGUAUGAUUAUAUUAGAAAACUCACAGAGACAUUUUUAUUAUAAUAGUAAAUUAUACAACAUGUACAUAUGCUUUUGUGGUGACCAGAUCUUAUUUUUAUUAUUAUUUACAGUCAGAUUUCCCUUUGGUUGGUUGUACUGUUGUAAUUUUUAGGUUCAAAACCUAUCCUGUCAGAGUAUAAUUAAACUUCAAUUUGAGCUUCUGAUCCAAUGGACUUUAUUUUUGUGAGUCUUGCAACUAGUAUAAUUUUUUUUUUCUAUAAUAUGAUUUUGUUUUUAUUCUUUGCCUUAUAGUCAUUGAUUUUUCGGGUGAGUCUCAAUUCGAGGUUGAGAGAGAUCUCCCCUUCAGAUUCUAAGGAAUUUACAGAUUCACGCUCAGAAUCUGAAUCAUGAAAUGGAAAUGCUAGAGGCGGCUUGUCUGAUGAAUCAGAUACUUUUAUUUCACUAUAAACUUGAUUAUAGAAUGAUUCCAAUGUGUCUGUUAUCUUUUAAUCCAACAUAUCUUUUAGUUGUGUUCAGAUGUGGUAGGAGUAUGACCUAAUCCAUUUAUCUACCAGCUCUUGCAUGGACUAAAUAUCAAAUUUAAUGGUUUAGUUCAACCACAUGUCUCCCCACAUAUGGUCUUCCUCUCAUUUUUCAAUGAUGGCUAUUAUUCAAACUGCCACUUUUUCUUAAAUAUAUUUUUCACAGCAUUAUGAUGACACAUCGAAAUGUUGGAUUAGGUCAUAACUUGGACAACAUGUCGAUUGCAAUUGGCGCAAAUCCAACUACUACAUUGAAUUAUAUAGCAGUAUUUCGUACGAAGAGACAGAGGGAGGGGAUGGAGGAGCGGAACAGCGCGGCGAUGGCCAACUCGUCAAUGGCGCAGCAUCAGACGCAAACACCAACAGCUUCUUCGAAGCAAGCCAAGGCUUUCCCCAACUCCGUGGACACUAAUUCUGUCACCCAGAGGCUUCAAAAGGAAUUGAUGUCUCUCAUGAUUACAAGAAGAUGGUUCACAGACAGUACAUGGAUGGAGAAGUUUUUGAAAGUUGACUUAUGAGCAUCUCAGAUAGAUAUCAUUCUACACGCGAAAUCACCGGCUAGGAUUCACUUCUCUAAGAAGCUACUCUUCAAGGAGUAUGUUAUUGGGAAAGUUUUGAGGUAUAGAUGUGUUUUGUCUAUGAUUGUUGAAGUAGUUUAUCUGGGUUCUUUUUUUGCAGUAAGGUGGUCUAAAGGACACGGUGAAGCACUCUGUCAAUAUUUUUACUCCACUUGCAAUUUAUCUAUAUAAUUGCCAGGAACACACAAGAAACUCAAGUGACACUAACAUCAUAUGAAAGUUGCAUAUUUACUUGAUUCGUGGAUCAGUGCAAAUGAUGGUUCUGUACUGAAAUUUGUAGGCAAUGAAAAUUGUCUAUUGGUCUAAUAUGGAGAUGAGAUUGUGAAAUUAAUAAUCGUUUUGUUA